AUGGCCCAGCUUUACUACAAGAAGGUGAACUACUCACCCUACCGGGACCGCAUCCCGCUGCAGAUCGUGCGGGCGGAGGCCGAGCUCUCCGCAGAGGAAAAAGCCUUCCUCACUGCCGUGGAAAAGGGCGACUAUGCCAGCGUGAAGCAGGUGCUGCACGAGGCCGAAAUCUACUACAAUGUCAACAUCAAUUGCAUGGACCCCCUGGGCCGUAGCGCCCUGCUCAUCGCCAUCGAAAAUGAGAACCUCGAGAUCAUGGAGCUGCUACUGAACCACAGCGUCUACGUGGGUGAUGCCUUGCUCUAUGCCAUCCGCAAGGAGGUGGUCGGGGCAGUGGAGCUGCUGCUUAGCUACAGGAAGCCCAGCGGUGAGAAACAGGUCCCCACUCUGAUGAUGGACACCCAGUUCUCGGAGUUCACGCCAGACAUCACACCCAUCAUGCUGGCUGCCCACACCAACAACUACGAGAUCAUCAAAUUGCUUGUCCAGCGCCGGGUCACCAUCCCCAGACCCCACCAGAUUCGCUGCAAUUGUGUGGAAUGUGUGUCCAGCUCGGAGGUGGACAGCCUGCGCCACUCCCGCUCCCGCCUCAACAUCUACAAGGCCCUGGCCAGCCCCUCACUCAUCGCCCUGUCCAGUGAGGACCCCAUCCUGACUGCCUUUCGCCUCGGAUGGGAACUCAAGGAGCUCAGCAAAGUGGAGAACGAGUUUAAGGCCGAGUACGAGGAGCUCUCCCAGCAGUGCAAACGCUUCGCCAAAGACCUCCUGGACCAGGCUCGCAGCUCCCGGGAGCUGGAGAUCAUCCUGAACCACCGGGAUGAUCACACCGAGGACCUUGACCCCCAGAAGUGCCAUGACCUGGCCAAGCUAAAAGUCGCGAUCAAGUACCACCAGAAAGAGUUUGUCGCUCAGCCAAACUUCCAGCAGCUGCUGGCCACACUGUGGUACGAUGGCUUUCCAGGCUGGCGGCGGAGACACUGGGGAGUCAAAAUGUUGACCUGCAUCACCAUUGGCCUCCUGGUCCCCAUGCUGUCUAUAGCCUACUUGGUCGCCACCAGGAGCAACCUCAGGCUGUUCAUCAAGAAACCCUUCAUCAAGUUUAUCUGCCACACAGCCUCCUACCUGACACUUCUCUUCAUGCUUCUCCUGGCAUCCCAACACAUAGUCAGGAUGGACCUGUACAUGCAGGGGCCACCACCCACUGUGGUAGAGUGGAUGAUACUGCCUUGGAUUCUAGGUUUCAUUUGGGGAGAAAUUAAGGAGAUGUGGGACGGUGGCUUCAACGAGUACAUCCACGACUGGUGGAACCUGAUGGAUUUUGCCAUGAACUCGCUCUAUCUGGCGACAAUCUCACUGAAAAUCGUUGCCUACGUCAAGUACAAUGGUUCUCGUCCCAGAGAAGAAUGGGAAAUGUGGCACCCGACCCUGAUUGCAGAAGCUCUCUUUGCCAUCUCCAACAUUUUAAGUUCCUUGCGUCUCAUAUCCCUGUUCACAGCCAACUCCCACCUGGGACCUUUGCAGAUCUCCUUGGGGCGCAUGUUGCUUGACAUCCUCAAAUUCCUCUUUAUCUAUUGCCUGGUCCUACUGGCUUUUGCCAAUGGAUUGAACCAGCUUUACUUUUAUUAUGAGACCAGAGCCUCCGAUGAACCCGACAACUGCAAGGGGAUCCGCUGCGAGAAACAAAACAACGCCUUCUCCACGCUUUUUGAGACCCUCCAGUCGCUUUUCUGGUCGGUGUUUGGGCUUCUGAAUCUCUACGUCACCAACGUCAAAGCAAGACACGAGUUCACUGAGUUUGUGGGCGCGACUAUGUUCGGGACAUACAACGUCAUCUCCCUGGUGGUGCUGCUGAACAUGCUCAUUGCCAUGAUGAACAAUUCCUACCAGCUCAUUGCUGAUCAUGCCGACAUUGAGUGGAAAUUUGCCCGGACCAAGCUCUGGAUGAGUUACUUUGAUGAAGGGGCCACCUUACCGCCUCCCUUCAACAUCAUCCCGAGCCCCAAGUCCUUCUGGUACCUCGGCCAUUGGUUCCACAGGCAUAUUUACCCCAAGCGGGAUUCGGCAGAUGGACGGAAGCAUGGGAACCUGAAAAUGUUCACUGAACGCCAUGCUGACAGCCUGAUUCAAAAUCAGAAUUACCAGGAAGUGAUCCGGAAUUUGGUCAAAAGAUACGUUGCGGCCAUGAUCAGAAGCUCCAAAACAAAUGAGGGGCUAACAGAAGAAAACUUUAAGGAAUUAAAGCAGGACAUCUCCAGCUUUCGUUAUGAGGUUCUUGACCUGUUGGGCAAUCGCAAACCUCAACGGAGGAGCUUUUCCACGAGCAGCACUGAAAUCUCCCAGAAGGAUGAUGCUAAUGAUGGUAGUGGUGGGGAAAAGGCCAAAUCCAAGAGUGUCUCUUUCAAUCUAACUGGCAAGAAAAAAGACUGCAACGUGUCAACCCUGAUCAAGACCGUGUCCAAGAUGGAUGUUGGUGGUGCAACUGCCGCCCCGACUACUCCUCAAGUUAAGCCGAAAACCAGUGGGUCAACUAAGCACUCCUUCAUGAGCAAUCCACUGCAGAAACUGUCAAGCUCCAAGAAAGAGUCUUUCAAGAGACUGGGUCUCUUGUUCUCCAAGAUGAAUGGGCAUCUGGCCGAGCCCAGCGCCGAGCCGAUGUACACGAUCUCGGACGGAAUCAUUCAGCCUCACUACAUGUGGCAAGACAUCAGAUAUUCCCAUAUGGAUCCAGAGAGGGGAGAGGCUAGUUGCUCAAAAAGCGAGAGCAACCUCGCAGAGGCGGACUUUGGUGGGGGCGCAUGUGCCCCCAGCCCAAGUGCGAGGGCUGCUGGGCAGAGUGGUGAAUGCCCUCUUGCAGCCUCCAGUUCUCUCCACUGUGCUUCUAGCAUCUGCACAUCCAACUCCAAACUGAUUGACUCCACAGAGGAUGUGUUUGACUCGUGGGGGGAGGCUUGCGAUUUGCUUAUGAACCAAUGGAAGGAUGGACAGGAAGAGCAUGUUACAACUCGGCUUUGA